AACAAACGAAGGGAAUCGUUCAACGCGUUUCUCGAUAAGACACUCCCUUUUCAGAUAAAUUAUUAUCAAUUUGUGCCAAUAAAUUAGAAAUAAUAAAAAAGAGAAGUGAGUUAUGGAAUCCUCUGAAAGUAUAAUAUGAGAAAAUUUAUUUAUUUCUAAGUUCCUCGAAGUGAAACGCUACUAAAUAAUCACAGAAUGUCUACUCUGUCAAGGUCAGUUCACAUCAGCCAGCAAAAGUUGGCUGAAAAGCUCAUCAUACUCAAUGACCGGGGUAUCGGUAUGUUGACAAGAAUUUACAAUAUCAAGAAAGCAUGCGGAGAUGCCAAAUCCAAACCAGCCUUUUUGUCAGAUAAAACUCUGGAAUCGUCCAUCAAACACAUUGUAAGAAGGUUUCCUAAUAUUGACGUGAAAGGCCUUCAAGCAAUUACAAAUAUCAGAAAUGAAAUUAUUAAAUCACUAUCAUUGUACUAUUACACAUUUGUAGAUCUUUUAGAUUUUAAAGACAAUGUAUGUGAGCUCCUGAACAUUAUGGAUGCUUGUCAACUGACUCUGGAUUUGACGUUGAACUUUGAACUAACAAAAAAUUAUCUUGACCUGGUCACAACAUAUGUAUCUUUAAUGAUUUUGCUGUCUCGAGUGGAAGAUAGAAAAGCAGUGCUUGGAUUAUUUAAUGCAGCCCAUGAAAUGCUUAAUAAUCAAAUUGAUUCCAGUUUUCCUCGGCUAGGCCAAUUGAUUGUUGACUAUGAUGCUCCUUUAAAAAAAUUGUCAGAAGAGUUUGUACCCCACCAGAAAGUUUUAUCGAGUGCCUUGAACUCAUUAUGGCAUGUGUAUCCUGCUAGAAAUCUUACAGCAGAACAUUGGAGAUCGGAGCAGAAAUUAAGCUUAGUUAGUAAUCCUACUCAGCUUUUAAAGCCAUCAGAAACUAACACUAUGUCAUGUGAAUAUAUUUCAUUGGAGUCACUUGAGAGAUGGGUCAUCUUUGGUUUUGCACUCUGUCAUCAAAUGUUACAACAGGACCAUGCUAACAAAAUGUGGGUUAGUGCUUUAGAGUCCGGUUGGGUUGUUGCACUAUUUCGAGAUGAAGUUAUUUAUAUACAUACUUACAUUCAGAGUUAUUUCGAUGGUAUUAAAGGAUAUGGAAAACGUAUUUCUGAAGUAAAGGAUUGCUAUCAUCACUCUGUACAAAAAGCAGGCUAUAAACAUAGAGAAAGACGAAAGUUUUUAAGAACGGCCUUAAAAGAAUUAGGUCUAAUUUUAACAGACCAGCCUGGAUUGUUGGGGCCUAAAGCAUUAUUGAUAUUUAUAGGCUUGUGUUAUGCAAGAGAUGAAGUUUUUUGGCUACUACGCCAUAAUGAUAAUCCUCCUCAAAAAGUAAAAGGAAAGUCAACAGAAGAUUUAGUUGAUCGUCAAUUACCAGAACUUUUAUUUCAUAUGGAGGAGCUUCGAGCUCUUGUGCGCAAAUAUAGUCAAGUUAUGCAAAGGUAUUACGUACAAUACUUGUCAGGUUUUGAUGCAGUAGCACUUAACCUGAUGAUUCAAAAUCUACAAGUCUGCCCUGAGGACGAAAGUGUCAUCCUUUCAUCUCUUUGUAAUACAGCAGCUAAUCUAAGUGUUAAACAAGUAGAAAGCAAUGAGCUCUUUGAUUUUCGUGCAUUCCGCUUAGAUUGGUUUAGGUUACAAGCAUAUACAUCUGUUGCUAAAGCACAACUUAAUUUGGUAGAUCAAAGAGAAUUGUCACAAUUCAUUGAUAAAAUGGUAUUUCAUACAAAAAUGGUUGAUAAUCUUGAUGAGAUCAUGGUAGAGACAUCUGACUUGUCUUUGUUCUGUUUUUACAGCAAAAUAUUUGAGAGCCAAUUCCACAUGUGCUUAGAGUUUCCAGCUCAAAAUCGUUAUAUCAUUGCAUUCCCACUUAUUUGCAGUCACUUCCAAAACUGUACUCAUGAGCUUUGCCCAGAAGAAAGGCACCAUAUACGUGAAAGGAGUCUUUCUGUUGUUAAUAUUUUCCUGGAUGAAAUGGCGAAAGAAGCAAAAAAUAUUAUAACAACAAUUUGUGAUGAACAAUGCACAAUGAGUGACAAAUUGCUCCCAAAACAUUGUGCGCAGACAAUUGCCCAUCUUGCAAACAGAAAGAAAAAAGAUAAAAAUAAGAAAAAUCCAAGUGAAGUAAUAAAACCGGGAGCUGAAAGCUAUAGAAAAACCAGGGAAGAAUUGACUACAAUGGACAAACUUCAUAUGGCAUUAACAGAACUCUGCUUUGCCAUUAAUUAUUGUUCUACUGUAAAUGUUUGGGAAUACACUUUUGCCCCCCGUGAAUAUUUACACCAACAUUUGGAGACUAGGUUCUCGAAAGCAUUAGUUGGAAUGGUCAUGUUCAAUCAGGACACCAGUGAAAUAGCUAAACCGUCUGAAUUAUUAGUCAGUGUCAGAGCAUACAUGAAUGUUCUUCAAACUGUUGAAAAUUAUGUACACAUUGAUAUUACUAGGGUAUUCAACAAUUGCCUACUACAACAGACACAAAACAUGGAUAGCCAUGAUGAGAAAACGAUCGCAUCAUUAUACACACAGUGGUACUCGGAGAUUUUACUCCGACGAGUCAGCGCAGGCAGCAUUUGCUUUUCAAUGAACCAAAAAGCUUUUGUAAGCCUAUCAGCUGAAGGUGCUAUUCCUUUCAACGCGGAAGAAUAUUCGGAUAUUAAUGAACUACGAGCAUUGGCCGAGUUAAUUGGACCAUAUGGUAUGAAAUUAUUAAGUGAGACAUUGAUGUGGCAUAUAGCUAGUCAAGUCCAAGAACUUAAAAAGUUAGUUGUGCAAAAUAAAGAGGUGUUGCAGAUGCUACGAACUAAUUUUGACAAACCAGAAAUAAUGAGAGAACAAUUUAAGAGGCUACAACAUGUUGACAAUGUGUUACAAAGAAUGACGAUAAUUGGUGUUAUUCUUAGUUUCCGACAAAUAGCCCAAGAGUCGUUACUUGAUGUUUUGGAACGACGUAUUCCAUUCUUGAUAAGUUCAAUCAAAGACUUCCAACAGCAGUUGCCAAGUGGUGAUCCGACUCGAGUCAUUUCCGAAAUGUGCUCAGCUGCUGGUUUGUCUUGUAAAGUAGAUCCCACACUAGCUUCUGCUCUACGCCAACAUAAGGCUGAGUUAGAAGAAGAAGAGCAUCUCAUUGUUUGUUUGCUUAUGGUAUUUGUGGCAGUUUCUCUUCCGAGACUCGCCCGUAGUGAAGGUUCGUUUUAUAGACCGUCGUUGGAAGGCCACGCAAAUAAUAUACACUGUAUGGCUCCUGCUAUUAACCAUAUCUUUGGUGCUCUUUUUACGAUUUGUGGUCAGGCCGAUAUUGAAGACAGAAUGAAGGAAUUUUUAGCAUUGGCUUCCUCGUCGCUUUUGCGUCUUGGACAAGAAACAGAAAAAGAAGCCAUCAAAAAUCGCGAAUCCGUUUACUUACUUCUCGAUCUUAUAGUUCAAGAAUCACCCUUCCUUACUAUGGACUUAUUGGAAUCAUGUUUCCCUUACGUUUUAAUUAGGAAUGCUUAUCACGAAGUAUACAAACAAGAGCAAAUACUAUUGCAUUCAUAAUUCAUUUUAUUUAAAAGACAGUAGUUUUAAGGAUUACGUACAUGUAGUUUUCUUGAUACUGCUAUAAUUAUUCCAUAGAUUAUAUUAUUGAUAAAUUAUUGAAAUCAUUGUUUUUUAUGUUAUCCAAGAAAUACAAAGUGAUUUAUAA